AGCGCAUGUUUACGUUGACAGUUUCCGCGAGUCUGAGGAAGUUCACCAAUUCUCGAUGGAGGUGUUCGAGAAACACGAAGAAAUUUUAUCAAGUAGGGCGCAGCUGCUCGAACAGAUGAAAAGCCGCAGAGAGACGUUGAAGAUCCAAAGUAAGCAGCAGUGCAACAAGUCUGAAGUCGCUCGUCAAAGGAACAACAUGCUGCGACAGAAUGUGCAGAAGUUGGAGAAUCACCUCUGUGGAAGACCGCUGCACCACCCAAAUGUCCUUGCUCUUGAGACGAGCUAUUGGGCAUCUGUGGAAAAAUCCAUUCCAAUCUGGGAACACUUCCUCCUGGGCAAAGAACCACAUCCCACUGAUUGCGCUGGACCCUUUCCCAAGAGAGCUCUUCAGGAACAUGUAACAGCAAAGGAACAUGGCCUGCCUCCUCGUCCAAAAUCCAAACCUGCCUGAUAGUUGAACUUUGGUUCUACUGCUUUCAUUAGACUGUUCACCAAGGGCCAUAUUCGCCCAUGCGCGCGUAAAUACAUUUCUGCGUGCCUGGACUUGCGCACUUUGUAUUCAUGCUGAAUCUCCUGGCUAGACCUCUGGCACACCCACCACGUGUUAACCUGGGAAUAAUUGUGGAAACACCAAAGAGGCGCGAUUCACUGACAACUGAGGCUGGCUUUAAGUUGUGAAAAGUAGAUCUUUCCUGAGACUUUUGAAUGUUAGAAAGUAGUGGUGGACAGAUCGAUCCAAAUAUAUCGAUCCAAAUUUAAAAAAUAUUGAUACAAAGUCGUGAUAAGAUUAGUAGACCUGCUUUUGGAGUCAUACGAGUUGACGAGACCAGAAAAAAACACUUCCGCCGCUUCUGCUUUUAAGAAGUAACGGUAACGGUAAUCCGUUUCGAUUAUCUAAAUGUCGGUCGCUACUUUUAUUUAUCAACUAUUGCUUAUUUAUCUACUAUUUAGUCUGCAAGACUACGACUUCCACAUUGGGCGCUGUUUGCUCCAAUCCAAUCUAAGCGCUAGUGACGUCUAAAUUUAGUUCACCAAUAAAACGACACAACAAAGUCACACGACCUCCACAACGUCUUCUAUUGGGCUUCCCGAGCAUAGGUAUAUACACUAGAUAAGACAGCCCUGCUGAUUACGUGCCUACGUGGCGCCCAUGUUAGGAAGGUCAUCAUUAACAUGAAGGUAGCGGAGCGCUACCCGUCGUUUUUUACAUUUAGACAAAAAAAAAAAACAACAGCUUUCAUGUCAAAUAGUAUUUGUCUGGCACUGUCUGCCCAAACGUGGACAUUUCAGCCCACUUAUAACUUGAGAAAACACUGCAGUAAAUUGCAGAUGCUUUGUUGUAGUUUUGGCUGUUUACUUUUUACUCUUAAGUAAUUUUUGGGAGGAAUACUUUUUAGUUUUACUUGUGUCAUGAACGUAAUAGAGGAUAGGACCCAAAAAUGCACGACUCCAAAACAAAUGGACCGUUUCAAAAAGAGAGGUUUAAUAUACGGGCAGAGGUCGGUACACAGGCAGGCAAUCCAAAAAAGGCAACAGUAUCCAAAAACGUGAGGCCAAAACGCGAGGUCGUUAAUCGGAACAUGGUCUAGCCUUACAGUGAGUUUGUGAUGUGGAAACGAGGAAUGCUACAACGCGACGACAAGAUACUACGAACUGGCGACGAGAAAGAAUGAGACACCAGGUUAAAUGCAAGGGGUAAUUAGGGUGAUCGAGGCACAGGUGGUGAAGAUGCUCUCAAGAGCAGGUGUCGACAAGACAAGGGGAAGACAGCAACCGGAACACACACCCAUGACACCUGAGUCAUUAUUGUCAAGUAACAGUAUCCUUACUCGAGUACAAUAUUUGGCUACUCUACCCACCUCUGGAGAAGACAUCCUCCAUUGGUACUCUUACGUUUAAGCAACAUUUUUGCUCAUCAGGUCAGCCAGUGUCGUAUUUGUUGCACUGGUCUUUAUUUUCGCGUUGAGGUCCUGCGGGACAUGGCUCUGGUUGUGGUCCCAGCAGAACCGCGAAGCACAAGUAACAUCGGCGAGAAGCGCUGAUCCGCUAUUACAUCUUGUAUCAAUUAGGAAACGCGCCGACAGUUAUCUAAUUAGUUUACGGAUGUGAAUGUUAAAUGUAUUAAGCGACCGAGUGAUGUCACAACACAGAAUGAACACAUUUCUAAUUCUGAAAUGGCCAAUAAAAACGGAAAAAUACUGUACUUAAUAUUUUCCUGGAGGAUGCAUUUGGGAUUAAUUAGCCUUUGAAGUUGAUAAUAGUAAAAAAUGAAGUGAAACAAUGAUUUUAGUCAAUUCUUUUCCAGAAUGGGCAGCAUGGUGGGCGACUGGUUAGCGCAUCUGCCUCACAGUUUUGAGGACUGGGGUUCAAAUCCCGGCCCCGCCUCCGCCUCGGUUUGCACGUUCUCCCCGUGCCUGCCUGGGUUUUCUCCAGGUACUCCGGUUUCCUCCCACAUCCCAAAAACAUGUGCGGUAGGUUGAUUGAAGACUCUAAAUUUCCCAUGGGUGUGAAUGUUGUUUGUUUCUAUCUGCUCUGCAAUUGGCUGGCGACCAGUUCAGGGUAUACCCUGCAUCUCUCACGAAGAUAGCUGGGAUAGGCUCCAGCACACCCGCGACCCGAGUGAGGAUAAGCAGUACAGAGAAUGGAUGGAUGGAUUUUCCAGAAUGAGUGUGCUUAAAGAGGAGGAUGCUAUUCAUGUGGCACAGCUUGAAGCAGGCAUCAGGUGCAGGUGGAGAUGGGACGGGCUCAAGUUGGAGACAAGCAAAGAAAUGAGGCAAAUCUAAUUUUAAUCUUAAAUUUGUACAUCAACCUCUACUUGAGUGGUGUAAAUAAAUCUUUUUCUGCAUGAUG